AUGGCUGAUGCACCCUCAUCAGGUAGCGUUGCGUGCCUCACAGUACUACCCGAUGAGCUUAAACAGCACAUAUUUUCAUACCUUUCAGCUGUGGAUAUUGCUGCCGUCUCACAAACUUGUCGAGUUUUGUACCAACAAGCCCAGGAAGAGAAGCUAUGGCAAGAGCUUAUUAAUGAUCAUCUCCCAAAGAGACUUGAGAAACCGGGCAUGUUUGAGUCUUUCCAACGUCUCUAUUCCGCCCAUCAUCCGUACUGGUUUUUGCCGAAAAAUAAGAUUUGGUUCUCCGAUUUCGAAUACACGGGCCAGCUUAUUAUUGCUCGCUACGACCACCGCAGGGGUGUCAUCGAGGCUUUUCGGCUGGUGGCGGGGAUAAAAGAAGAGACAUUUUCACAAUGGUCGGCUAACCCAGAGGUCAUUAUACAGUCCUUUAACCCUCAGGUGAGACUCUGGAUGGAUGAUCCGGUUAUUGAGAUGAGAAACGCCGCCUGCCUGCCCCCAAGAGAUCGACAAUACUCUCGCGACUAUUUCAAGAUGUCUAAGACAGUACAAGGGUCAGGUCCUUGCAGCUCGUUUGUAUUGUGCCGUGGAAACGUUGGCAAGCGUCCACCGAUUCGUAACGAUUUUCUCUGGCCUCCUGUUACUAUUCCUAGUGAAAAGUCGUUGCGGCGAAGUCACGAGAUGCUUAAAAAUGAAAAAUCUGGCAUGUUCCUUAACUCUAUAAGCGAGUCUGAAAAUCCCACCGCGAUCUCAGACACUAGUUUUUAUAUCCGCAAGUGGCUUCACUUUGGACUUAGCCAGCCAAUGAUUCCGAGUGACCCCGGAGACCAAUUGUCGACUUAUGCAACUCUUAGUCCCGAGCUCUACGCGCCAACGAAAGAGAAGCCUUUCCAGGGAAUUUGGGUUGGGGAUUAUAAUUUUCACGGAUGUGAAUUCCUCCUAUUUCUACAGAGAGAUGCUGGCUCGAUCGCACCACUGGGUCACGCUGAUAGAAGUCAGUUUGUCUUCUCCAAUGGUGUGCCUGGUAUACAUACUGCUGGAUUGCAUAAUGAGCAUGAGUUUGAGCGAGCUAGCUUACCGAACUCUGCACCUAGCAAUGACGCCGAAGAACAUAAUGGAAUGGUGUUCCGCGGGCGUCUUGAAGGAAUCAAGCUCACUGGUGACCCGAACAUUCCUCGUGGCGAAAUUUCCUUUGUCGCAGAGGAUAUUGGGCCAAGUGGAACCAUUGGUAUUGCGGAAGAUGACGAAUUCAGGGGCGCUCGCGUCGUUCGUAGCAAGGGUCACAUUGCCUUCCAGCAAUAUACAGAUGAUCGGUGGGUUGAGACAGAAUUGUUUCUCAUAUCUCCAGACUGUGUGGCUCAGUAUUGGAAGCCUAUGCGCCAUGUAUCUUUCUUCCGCAGAGUCAACAUCGAUCAAUACACCAAUAUCUGA